AUGAGCAAGGAACCCAAGGUUAAUAUCAUCAACGCCCAAGAUGAUGAAGUUGAGUUGAUGCUUAGCGAUGUUAAUCUAUCGUUGGCCAACUCUCUUCGUAGAACGAUGUUGGCCGAAGUUCCCACAUUAGCUAUUGACCUCGUGGAAAUUAAGAUGAAUACCUCGGUGUUGGCAGAUGAGUUCAUAUCUCACAGACUAGGAUUGAUUCCUUUGGUGAGCGAAGAUGUGGAAGAAAUGAAAUAUAGCAGAGAUUGCACAUGUGAAGAUUACUGUGACGAGUGCUCUGUGGUGUUGGAACUAAGUGCCAGGCAUGAAGGAGAGGAAGGUACCACCGAUGUCUAUUCUUCUUCUCUGAUCAAAGUGUCCGGUCCAGGAAACUUGAACGUUGGUGAACCAGUCCGUAGGGAUGAUUAUGAUCAGGGAAUCUUGCUGUGCAAGCUGCGGAACCACCAGGAGUUGAACAUUAGAUGUAUAGCCAAAAAGGGUAUUGCCAAAGAACAUGCUAAAUGGUCACCAUGCUCUGCUAUAGCAUUCGAAUACGAUCCACACAACAAACUGAAACAUACAGACUUUUGGUUUGAGGUGGAUGCCAAAAAAGAAUGGCCAGAUUCCAAGUAUGCCACCUGGGAGGAACCACCCAAACCUGGUGAAGUUUUUGAUUACAAAGCCAAGCCAAAUAGAUUCUACAUGACAGUGGAAACCACAGGUUCUUUGAAAGCUAACCAGGUGUUCAGCAGGGGGAUCAAGACGUUGCAGGAGAAGUUGGCUAACGUCCUGUUUGAGCUGGAAAACUCUAGGCCUGCCAAUACAACAGCCUAUGGAGGAGCGACCGCUUAUGGGGGACAGACGGUAUAUGGAAGAGAAACCAGUUACGGUGGCAACACCAAUUAUGGAGAUUACAAUGCACCAUACUGA